AUGCUUACCAUAGACGGCCUUGUUAUAUGUGUCAGUUGGGUAACGAGAAAUCUCACUGCCCACUUUAGAAGUAGAGUGACUGAUUGUGAAUGGUCAAACGAGAGGCAGAGCUAUGCUCAAACUUAUAAAUUAGUUGUUGUUGGUGGAGGUGGUGUUGGAAAAUCAGCAAUAACAAUACAAUUUAUUCAAAGUUAUUUUGUUACUGAUUAUGAUCCCACUAUCGAAGAUUCUUACACUAAACAGUGUGUUAUUGAUGAUGUCCCAGCGAAACUGGAUAUUCUCGAUACUGCUGGCCAAGAGGAGUUUAGCGCAAUGCGAGAACAAUACAUGAGAUCAGGUGAAGGAUUCCUUUUGGUAUUUUCUGUUACUGAUAGAGCUAGUUUCGACGAGAUGUAUAAAUUUCACAAACAGAUACUAAGGGUUAAAGAUAGGGAUGAGUUUCCUAUGCUUAUGGUUGGAAACAAAGCUGAUUUGGAUCACCAAAGACUGGUCCCAGCUGAAGAAGCCCAAAAUAUGUCAAGGGAAUUGAGGAUUCCAUACAUUGAGUGCAGUGCUAAGCUACGCAUGAACGUCGACCAAGCUUUUCACGAGCUAGUCAGGAUUGUGAGGAAGUAUCAAGCUUCAGAAAGGCCGUUGUUAAAGCCACAACAUAACAGUUCACGGAGAAAAUGUGCCAUUUUAUAAUGUAACAUAAUUUUUUUUUUUUUUUUUUUUACAAAACUCAUUUUCAUCACUUUAUAUAGUGACAAUGUUUUUGUUUUUGCUAUGUGUUACUAAUACGCUUUUCAUCAUUAUAUUAUAAAUUUAAUAACUGUCGAUACAGUUUUAUAUUUAACCAAUGAGAAAAAUCAAGUUCUUUCUCACACAAUAAUUUAUUAACUGCUGUUAUGAAAACAAUUUUAAAUUAAUCAUUUGAUCGUUGUUUUUUUUUCUCUUGUAAAAUGAUGAAAUCAUCAUUGAUCAAUGGAAUAUUUAACCCACCAGUUAUUUUGCCAAUUAGUGUUAAAUGCUGUUAUAUUUUAGUACUAAUGAGUUAUAUUAAUAAUGUAUUUUUAUUAUAUUUUUUAUGAUGGUUAUUACAAUUUUUUCAUAUUGGAUUACAAGGGUUUCCCUUUAAUAACUUUUUAAAACAAUUAACCUCAGUGAAUUUUAUAUUGAAGAUAUAUAUAUAUAUAUAUAUAUUAUUGUAAAAACAGGAAUAUAGUUAUAACACAUCCUAAGCAAGGAAGCUUACUUCUAUUGCUAUACAAUGCAGGUGUACAAAUUUCUUGCUAACAUGAAGCCAGUAGAUAUGUAUAUGAAUAUAUACUUAUAGUAUAGUUUGUCCUUAGCUGUUUUGUUUACAUAAAAUAUAUUAUGUUAUAAUACUGACUGGGAAUAUCAACAAAGUUUUACUUUUGUUCGUAAUUUUAUUAUGUUUAUUUUUAUGAGCUGUUUAUUUAUUUAGAGUUUUAAAGUAUUAAUGAUUUAAUUUUAAAAUUGUUUGAUCAUUUGGUAAAGCUAUAGUAAAGUCGUAUUAGGAUCACUAAUGGGCCAAGAUUACAUCGAUCACACUCUAGAUGGAAUAUUAAAGCUAGCAGAAUUCAUCUACCUUUUGAUGGUAAGGUUAGGUUACAUUUCCAACAAAAACAACUAAAAAAAAUCAGACAAAAAAAAAUUGGUAAGAAACAAUUAUAUGGUAAGAAUGGUUUAUUCUUCGUCAAUAUGUUUUCAAAUAUAUUGUCAGUUAAUUACAGAAAAUCGCUUGGUAAAUGUUUAAUGGAGCUCAAUUUUUAAGUACAUUUUUGCUUAUUCCAACCUUAUUUAUUUAUUGAUAAAAAAAACGGAAUGUGUACAAAAAUGUCACAAACUCUUUUAUAUAUAUAUAUAUAUAUAUAUAUAUAUAAAAGAUAGUUACACUAAUUACACAAUGUUCUGAUUUCACCUAGUGGAAAUUCAUCAAAGUUCUCAGUGAUUUAAUUUUAUGAAAUGUUACUUUUUAUCAAGUUACGGCUAAUUUUGGUAUUCCAUGUACAUUGCGGUCACUGCAUCUUGACCCACUAGUCAACCAGAUUAUUAUAGUUUUUAAAUUUUUUAUUGAAGUAAUUUUGGUUCUAGUUAUCCUAGAAGAAUUUCAGAUAAUUUUCUAUUAUAAAUAAGUGCUAAUGGUAUUAAAUUAGUAAAUAGUUCUGAUAUAUUUAAAAUCAAAUAUUUUCUUUUUCUAUUUUAUUUAGUCCAUUUCUGGAUUCUAGAAAUUUUAUAUAAUAUUAUUAAUAAGUCUUCUUACCUUCUUAAGUUGAAUGAAAAUCAAUGUUAAUCUAUCGGAUUAUAACUGUAAAAGUUUGUUGUAUCCCCCUUUCUCUUUGUGUUUCAUCUUAUUUAGAUAUAACUUUAAAGUGCCAUUCUAAAUUAUACCAUUCUCUUGGUAUACUCGUCAGAAUAAUAUAAAAAAAUAAUGCACACUGUUACAAUACCGUAUUACUAAUUAGAAUUAGCUUUAGCUGUUGGUUUAAGAAUUGGCACAUAUAUCUAAGUAUAAGUUUCUAUUUUAUCUAUAUGUGUGAUAAGCCCAAAAAAUUUUCUAUCUACAUUCUUGUAAAUAAUUUUUUAAGAGUUUAGAUGAAGGAAACAAACUUUAAAUUUAUUAAUUUUUUUAAAUAUAUUAUUUUAAUAUUAAAUUGACAAAUCACAUAGGUCUUUUAAUAUUUUAUUUUAAUAGCUUAUCCAGGAGGAAUUAUUUUGGAAAAUUAUAAAAAUAAUAACAUUUAACUCAUAUAUUAUACUCCUUCAGAAAUCUAAUAAUCACUUGAUUUUGUUAUGAUAGUGUAUAUCGGGCCUGGCCUACUAAAAAAAUAAAAAAUAAUACCACUAUAAAAAGUAUAAAACAUUAUAUGUAUAUCAUGAUUCAUUAUAAAUAACUAAGGAAUGCUCAUCCCACCCAACGUCGAUGGCGCAAGAAUCUUCCCUCCUGCCAAGAUAUUUUCUUGCUCCUCUCUUAUUACAAUCAACACAAGCGAAAGUAUUAUUUAUAAAAUCAUAGAUAAUAUAAAUUAUACUUGCUGUGGCCUACCUAUUUCAUUUUUUCCUCUUGACCCUUGUUUUGAAACCUCUCAUUUUGAAAAUUCAUAACCCCGUCGAUGUACCUCCAUUAAAAAUAUUUUAAUGUCAAAACUUGCACCAUGAAAUCUCCUUCUGGACAUUCCUGAAUUAAUUUUAUAAUGAGAUAUUUAUUCAUCAUUUCUUUCACUAAAGUUUUCUGAUUAUUUCAAUAAGAUUAGUCUCUCGUGAAUAAGAAAUAAAAAAGUUUAAUUUGUAAUUACGCUUGUGUAUUAUUUUAAUGACACACAUAAAUUUUCAUUUAUUUAAUAUUUCUUAAUAAAUACCAAAAAUUAAAGGUUCAAUAAUAAUAUAAAACUGCUCUGCUUGGAUCGUCCUGUUCUGAUUCAUUUUUAGAACAAUAAAAUAAAAUUCUGAAUGAACAGUGAAAAGUGAAUUAAAAGCAAAAUAAAUAAAUAAUCAGGAUUGUAUUCAGAUAUUAAAUCUUGAUGAACAAUAUAGUAUGAAAGUUUAGGUUAAGCUAUUUUAAAAAUAUAUAGAUACAAAUACAAGAUCUUGGUCAUGUAAAUUAAGAGUUUGACAAUUAACUUGUAGUAAAAUAUUUACUGGCUACAAGGAUUUAAUCUCAACACACCAAUAAGGGAACAUUCUAAAUUUAUACAUUUUAUGUCUUAUAUAAAUAAUAUUCCUUCAUAUAAACAAGAAUUAUAAGUAAUGAUCCUUUUAAAAAAUAUGAAUUUAUAUGUCUUGAUAAUAAAAACAAAUUUGAUUUCAGUUAGUCAUAAGUUUAUUUUGUUUUUCUCUUUUGCCACUUGUCAUAUAUUAAAUUAACUGACAUUUGUUUCCACCUAACUUUUUUUUUCUGGUUAUAAUAGAUUGUAUUUAUUUUUAAUUUUUCUCCCAUGAGUAACUCAGAAAAUAUGUUUUUAACUAAUUAAGACGUUUAUCAUUUUUUUUAAAAAACCUAAAACACGUGUAUUCCAUAGAGGUAUUUCUUGUCACUGGCGGAUCUAUAGGAGAGAUGGGAAUUUUUAGGCUGAAGCUCACCAAAACGGGAAACUGAUUUUGUAAUUGUUCUACAUUUGUUACCGUGAGUGAUGUAAGCUGCUAUGUGCUUAAAAAUCACAAUAUGUUAUAUUUUUUAAAUUAUAAUGCAUAUUGAGCCACUAAAUAAAACCCUGUAUUAUAAAAUAUAUUAAAAAAUUCAUAUAUGAAAAAUAUAUUAAAAAAUUAUCUCUAAAAGUAUUAUUGAUCUUGUUAUUAAAUCUAUAUUUAUAUAAUUACAAGUGAUUAGUACUUGGGUGGGUGACCGUCCACCAGAGAAAGCAACGCUGCCUGAGAUUCCUAUCCCCCCUCUACCCUCCCCACGUUAUGUGAGGCCUGUCAGCCUACUGACUACUCUACUGAGGCAACGCUCACCGACUGGGCGUUGGGCUGAUGACCCUACCCCCGUGUACUUAAAUCAGGAAUCGGGAUGUGGUCUAGGAGACCACAUCUCCCGAUCAAAGAUCUUCUGUAGCGCCAACAGAAAAAAAAAAUAUAUAUAUAUAUAACAAAAUCUUUCGUGCUGAAGCCCCCUCUUCCCUCCCCCUAAAAAAUUAAAUCCUAGAUCCGCCACUGCAUCUUGUCCAAUUAUUUAAGCAUAACCUCUUAUCAUACUUAAGGUUUUCCAAUAUGGCCCUCGAGCCCUUACUAAUUGGAAACCCUUAUUGCAUUUAUGUGUAAAAUAAACAAAAAAAAUCAACCACUUUAAGACAAUAAUGAUUCUGAUGUUCUUACUUAGGCAAUAGCACAAAUGUUAUAGCCAUUUUGUGGUUUUAAUUGAAGAAACUCUCUUAUUAUUUUAUAUCAAUCUAUUACAAUUAACUUAACAGUUUAUUUUAAUAUAAUGAAUGUCAUAAAAGGGAACAUUAAUUAGGAAUCUUCAUACUUAUCUCAAAGCUUCAAUUUUGAGAUAAUAAACUGUAACACCUAUUUUGUGCCUCUGUUAUUUUAAUAUAGCAUAUCAUGUAAUAAAAAAGUAUGUACAUGUUAACUUUUUGUAAGGUUUAUGUACACUUGAUCCAACACCAAUCAGUAUUAUUACUAUUUUAUGUGUAUUAUUAUAUACUGUGUAAUUAGUCUUUUAAAACAUAUAUAGCUAUUAUAUAGAGCAAGUUUAGGUAUUUUCUAAUCACAUUAUAAAGGCAAAUUAAUAAAUCUUUUUUUUUUUAAUUGAACUUUUUGAUAACUUUUACAGUUAGGUCCGUCCAUAUGUGUUUUAAUUAUAUACAGUUUGAUUAUUAAAUAUAAAUAAUUGUCAAAUAUAACAUAAUAUUUUUAUAUUAGGGCUUGAAAAUUUUAACUUAUUUUAAAUCAGUUCCAUUAUGAAGAGAAGCUUUGUUUCUGUUGCUGCAGAACAAGGAUAAAUUAAAAACAAAUUAUUUAAUUAUAAGACCAGUUAUUGUUUAUUUCUCAUUCGACAUGAAUCUAUGUAAGUUAAACUUUUACCAUAAAUAAAAAACUUUUUUUCCAGAAAGUUUUUAUUUUAAAAGCUUUUUGUCGUACAAGUUUCAAGCCCUGUACGAUGUAAAUAACACCUGCAGUGCUUGUGGCGCCAUUAUAGUUUAAAUCAGAAUUCUCCUAACUAAGGCUCCUGAAAGUUUUUUUGAUAACAUGGUAAAAUUUAAAAAAAAUAUGAAAUUUAGUAGGAAGCGGAGUAGCGUAGUAAGUUAGGCACUGGGCUGCUAAGCUCUAGGUCUAAUGAUAAGUAAUUUUUCAUCAGCUGUGGAUCGAGAGACCCUUCUGGGGCACACCCAGCCUCUACAAAGUGGGUAUUCUUAUUUAAAAUAAUUAAUUAAGGGAGAAAACCUGGCAGGCCAUAUGCAUCAGGAUAAAUACAUCCUGCACUACCGCUAGCCUUGUUUUUUUUUUCUUUUUUAGAGAUCUCUCAAAUAAUGAGGUUACUACAUCUAUUGAAUGAGUUGUUUCUCUUAGAAAGCUCAUUUCACUACUAAAUUGCCAUUUACCGAACAAGAUUUUUUUUUCAUGACAAACCAUGAGCUGCAGUUAUUAGCGAAGGUUUUAAUGAGAACUACAGGCCAACAAAUUUGGAGACCCCUAGUUUAAAUAAAGACCUGAAGUAAACAUCAAAAUGAAUAUUCUUGUUUACUUAUUAAUAACGUUUCUAAAUUUAAAUAAUUAAUUUUAAUUAACUUCAGCUAUUUAAUGUAGUUAUAUAAUUUUUUCCUAAACCAUUUUGUAAUUAACUACUAAUAUGGUCCAUUACCAAAGUGAAUGCCUAAACUUGCCAUAUUUCCAGUUUGAUGAAACGUAAUAUAUAUGGUGUAUUUUAUGAUUUAUUAAUUUAAAAUGGACAUAAGCUACUUCUGAUUUAUUAUGGAUCAACUGUUAUAAAUAAUUUACUAAGGUUUGUUAAGAUUUUUUUUUUAACCUUUCAACAGAUAUACCAAAUUUCUAAUCAUAUUUUAUUGUCUUCCUUGUUGUUAAAUGUAUGUAUAAAGUGCCUUCUGAAUUUAUGUUAAUUUAUUUAACCAAAACAAAUAUAUUUAAACAAUUCUUAAAGGAUUUCUAAUUAUUAUUACACAUAUAUUACUUAAUUGUGGGCCAACCUUUAAAAUAACAUAAGUAAUUUAUAUAACAAAUAUAUGAGUAAUUCUAAAUAA